AAAUAAAGCAAUUUAAAUUUAUAAAAAUAUUUAACCAAAACUGGAAAUAACUUAAAUAAAACAAAUAUUUCUUGUAUAAUUGAAUAUUCACAUGAAAAUAAGUUACAAAAAAUUAUAAAAAACUAUAUUCAAAACCGAAAACAUCCACUUGCCCAAACAACCCCCAAUAAAACAAAAAGAGCAAGAGACGAACUCUCCACGCGAAAUGCUCUCCUCGGAAAUCUACACAAACACAACGACUGCAACAGCAGCAGCAGCGGCAACUGCGACGGCGACGGCUGUGGCAACGGCCAGCAGCAGCACGAUGAAUGCGUUCAGCGGCACGUUGCAGGUCGUGCGGACGAAGAAGCGACGCAAGCGCCGCAAACGCGCAGGACACGCAACCGGCUGUGGGAAGAGCAACGGCAACGACAACGGCAGCAGCAGCAGCAACCCCGCCAAGGCCAUUGUCGGUUGUGUGGCUGCGACAGCGUCGACUGUUAGCGGUGGCCGGAAACGCAAGGCACAAUAUUUCCAGCACGACAAUCGCGAGUAUAUAGCCAAAUACGAGAGUUUCCACUUCACGGCACAGGCCACAACGGCGGCGGCACUCAAUUAUGCCGCCGUGGCCAAGAAGUUCAAGCCGGUUUUGGCAAGCGGCGCCAAGAAGAACAGGCGCACAGCAAUGUCGAGGAAGCCGCCUAACGACUGCGCCUGCGUUUGCCAAAAUACGCAAAUGACGCAAUGCCCGCAGGAAGUGCGAACAGCUGUUGCCAGUCAACGGGCAGGGGAAAGCAGAAAGUCAGACAGGACACGCAAUCUGAAGGGCCAGGCGCUGCCGGCACUGCUCGAGCUGCUCAAGCAUUCGUCGAGCACAUGGCUCGAAACGCUGCUGCUCGGCGCCGGCAAAGCGGCGGCGGCAAGGUAAAUGCCACCUCAAGUG